ACCACAUCAGCAACUGCGCUGACGAUCGCGCAGCGGGAUUGUGGGGAAGGGAAACUGAAGUUUCUAACGACAUGUAUGUGCACCAGUACGGCAUUACGCUUCGCACAUGAUAAGUUCGCACGGAGGAAACUUGUCGCGGCUACACAGUACUGUUAUACUUACAUAAGUAUAAUUUUAUUCCAGAAAUAUAAUUGAGAGUAUCGAAGAUGAAUAAGGAAUGGAUUAUUGUUUAUCUAAUAGUAUGUGCACAUCUAUCGUAUCAGAAAUCAACACCAGAUUCACCAAAUUAUAUAGCAGCUGUAGUAGAGUAUCCCCCAAUAUAUUCAACUAAUGGUAAUGAGACUUUGAGAAUAAAUUCUGACGCAUAUGUCGAACUUAUUAAAGAAGCUAGUCAGGGUAAUGCUGAUAUAAUCGUUUUUCCUGAAAAUGGUUUGACUACAGUUCAAUUGCCGGAAAGAGAAAAAAUGGAGGAUUGGACAACAUUUAUUCCUAGUGUCUCAGCUAAUUAUAUACCUUGCAAUCAAAAUACUAUUGUAGUUAGCGAAACGUUGAAAAAAAUAUCAUGUGCUGCAAGGGAUAAUAACAUCUAUGUGGUAAUCAACAUCCCUGAGAAAGUACCUUGCUAUGACGUACCUUGUCCAAGAGACAAAGUGUUUUAUUACAACAGCAACGUUGUAUUUGAUCGCACGGGAAAAAUUAUUGCCAGGUAUCGUAAAACGAAUCUUUAUAAAGAAUACCAAUUUAAUGUGACAACAAUACCAGAAGUAGUUAGUUUUGAUACUGAUUUUGGAGUGAAAUUUGGAACUUUUAUAUGUUUUGAUAUAUUAUUUUACGAACCUGCGCUAGAAUUAACAAGAAUUCAUCAAAUUACCGAUUUUGUAUAUACUACAGCAUGGUUUUCUGAAGCACCAUUUUUAACAGCUGUGCAAACACAAGUAGGAUGGUCAUAUACUGAAAACGUAAAUCUCUUGGCUUCGGGCUAUAACAGGCCUGGCUCUGGCAAUGCUGGUAGUGGAAUUUAUUUAGGUCAUAAAGGAGUCGGAAAGGCAAUAAUGCCUGCAGCUACGCAUACGGAAGUAUUGAUAUUUGAAGUACCCAAAAUAAAAAAGGAAACUAAAUAUAAUAGAAACUAUCAAUCAAUGGAUCCUUCAACGACUCAAAAUCAAAAAAUUGUACCAUAUCACCAUGGGACGAAAGAGCAUGUACUUUUAAAACAUGAUUCUAUUCAAGCCUUUGAAACGGUUUCUUUGACAGGCAAUGCUACAGAAACUAUCUGUCAAAAUGGAUUUUGUUGCGAGUUUAAAAUAGAAAUUAUGAAAAUAGAUUCAAGUACAAAAUAUCGUUUAGUAGUUUUUAAUGGAUACAGACAUUAUGGUGACGUUAUGGCUGAUGUACGUACAUGCGCUAUAAUUCAAUGUUUGAACAACUCGGUUUCAUCAUGCGGUUCCGUACAAGAAUCAGAAACGAUAUUCAGCAAUAUUGAGAUCAUGGCAACAUUCCAUGAUUAUAAAAACUAUUUAAUUAUGCCAUCUACGUUAGAUCCAUAUUUACUUCCGCUUAAAGAUUGGACGUUUCUUGAUCACAUCCACAACGAUCAUGUGCAUAUUAAUAUGUUUUCAAACAAUCAUACAAACAAUUUAGUAACGUUUGGAAUAUAUUCGAGGAACUUUAAUAAGAGCAACGCAAAUAGAACAUCAUUUUAUACCCCAGAUUUUAAGAAAUUGCGUAGAUAUUCUUAUACUGAUAUACCGAGACCUAAUUUUGAUGAAUAUCGGCGAGAAUCUUUGAAGGAUCUCAAAACGAGAAACCUUGAUGAACGAAGAGUGCUGAGAAGCAUUUCCUCUUUUGUCACUUAUGUUGCCGGAUUAUAUGUUUUUAAAUCUCACUUACUGCACUAUGUAAUGUUUUGUAUGCCUUCACGAGAUCUCUUGGCAGAGGCUCAGUUGGAAGUAAAAUUAAACGGUAUACCGGAAGGAAAAGUAUUAGUCGUUAAGUGGCGCGGCAAACCUGUUUUUAUUUAUCAUCGGUCGCAAUCAAUUAUCGAACAGGAAAGAGCGGUAAACCUAUCAGAAUUGCGUGAUCCAGAAACGGACAAUGACAGAGUGAAAAGAUCAGAGUGGCUGGUUGUGCUGGGUAUCUGUACGCACUUGGGAUGCGUACCGAUUCCAAACGCCGGCAUCAUACGUGGUGGUUUCUACUGCCCGUGUCAUGGCUCACACUUUGAUGCAGCCGGCCGUACACGGAAGGGCCCAGCAAUGACCAAUCUAGAGAUACCCCAAUAUACAUUCGUAGAUGACAAUAAUAUAAUUAUUGGAUUAUCAAAUAUGAAUCAGCAAUGGAUUAUCGUUUAUCUGUUAGUAGCUUGUGCACAUUUAUCGCAUCAGAGAUCAACACCAAAUGCAACAUUUUAUAUAGCAGCUGUAGUAGAAUAUUCUCCAAAAUAUUCAACAAAUAGCAGCGAGACUUUGAGAAGAAAUUCUAAUGAGUAUAUAGAAUUCAUUAGACAAGCUAAAUCUUCUAAUGUUGAUAUAAUCGUUUUUCCUGAAAAUGGUUUGACUACAAUUGAAUUGCCGGACAGAGAAAAACUGGAGAAUUGGACAACUAUUAUUCCUAGUGCUUCAGCUAAUUAUACACCUUGCAGUCAAGAUACUGUUCAAGUCAGCCAAACAUUGAAAAAUAUAUCAUGUGCUGCAAGGGAGAAUAAAAUCUAUGUGGUAAUCAAUAUAGCUGAGAAAGAACCUUGCUCUAACGAAUCUUGCCUAAGCGACAAAAUGCUUUAUUACAGCACCAACGUUGUAUUUGAUCGCACAGGAAAAAUUAUUGCCAGGUAUCGUACAACACAUCUUUAUAUGAAUAAAUCUAUGUUUAAUGUAACAACAGUACCAGAAAUAGUUACUUUUGAUACUGAUUUUGGAGUGAAAUUUGGAACUUUUACUUCUUUUGAUAUAUAUUUUCGUGAACCGUUACAAUUAACAAGAGAUUACCAAGUUACUGAUUUUGUAUAUCCUACAGCAUGGAUUUCUGAAGUACCAUUCUUAACAGCUGUACAAUUACAAGCAGGAUGGUCAUUUGCUGAAAACGUAACUCUUUUAGCUUCAGGCUAUAACAAACCUAGUUUUGGCAAUGCUGGCAGUGGAAUUUACUUAGGUUGUAAAGGAAUUGGAAAGGCAAUAAUGCCUACAACUACGCAUGAGGAAAUGUUGGUGUUUAAAGUACCCAAAACAAAUAUGGGAAGUCAAUACAAUAAAAAUCCUUUAAAGAGAAAGGAUCAAAGAGUUUUACCAUCUCACCAUCAGAAGGAGCACGAUGAAUUAUGGAAGAAACGGGAAAAUAACACAAUGACAGUCGAUGAUAAAAUACUUCUAUUACAGGAUGAUAUUGAUGCCUUUGAAACGUUUCCUUUGGAAAAAAAUGUCACAAAAACUAUCUGUCAGAAUAACUUCUGUUGCGACUUUAUAAUAGAAAUUGCGAAAAUUGAUCCAAAUAUAAAAUACCGUUUAACGGUUUUUAACGGUAUUCGUUCUAUUCCGAAUAAUCCCGUUGACAAAAUUGCCGUAAGUUCAUGCAGUGUAAUUCAGUGCUUAAACGACUCGGACUCAUCAUGUGGUUCCGUGCAAAAAUCAGAAACAGUAUUCAGUAAUAUUUAUAUCAAGACAAAUUUCGAUAAUCUUAACACCAGUUUAAUUAUGCCAUCUACGUUAACUUCAAAUUUACUUCCGCUAAAUAUUGAAGAUUGGAAGUUUAAUGUAGUUAUUGUAGUUGAUACUUCGACUGAAGACGAGCAACUGCAUGUUACUAUGUCCUCAAAUAACUCUAUAAAUGACUUAGUAACGUUUGGAAUAUAUUCAAGGCUUUUUGAGUAUACAAACAGUACAAACGAUACAAACAGUACAAACGAUACAAACAAUACAAACAGUACAAACUCUACAAACUGUACAAACAGUACAAAUAAUACAAACAGUGCGAACAAGGCACUCUUUUAUUCCAUUAAUUAUUUGGUAAUAUUAUUUACAACUUUGUUGUUAUUAGGAUUUUAA